AGUCCCGCUUCCCGACGCCCUACCCUCUCCUAUCUCCCUGCAGCUUUCCAAGCGCUGCAACUCUCGACAAAGCUUGGCGACGGUCUCUGCUCUCUCGCGAAGCACCGGCGACCGUCUCUGCUCUCUCGUGAAGCACCGGCGACCGUCUCUGCUCUCACACGAAACUCCAGCGUUCGUCCCUGCUCUCUCUCGAAGCUUAGCAUUCUCUGCUCUCUCUCUUUGUCUCUCUGUCUCUCGUAUCGUCAAGCUCAGGUAUCAUAUCUGAUUUAAUCUCUGUAACGUGGGGAUUUGGGGGUUAUCUUGUUGAUAUCUAAUGGGUAAUCUCUGACCCUAAUUUCUGAUUCCUUCUAAUUUGUGUGGAUUUGAGGGUUGUCUUGUUGAUCUCUGAUGGAUUUAAGUUCUCUGUUUGCUGUUGCCGUUGCUGAUGUUGUUGUUGUUCUUCCCUAAUUCUUCGCUGGUCGAGAUAUUGAAUGUUUUCUUUUCUUCCUGAAUAUUAUUGUUACUAUAAUGUCUCUGGAUCAAUUUGUAGAUUGUAACAGUUGGUGGGUUACUUGAUAUCCUGAGACUUGAUUACCUGACUCUGGACUGAUUGCAAUUCUCACCAUGGCCUAGCCGAACCUUCAGGCCUUACCAGCAGACCAAGCACUCCAACUGUUUGUGCUAGGGCCUAGCUGAAGCUUGAUGUGUAACAGGGAUCAUUAGUGGUUCUAAAAGAAGAGGGAGGUAGAGAAGUUAAGGAAACUAAUGAGCCUGGUUGGGCUUGAUUGCAAAUCGGUGGUUGAUGUUCUUAAUGAGCUAGUUCUUAAGUCAAUGAAGAGUGAUUCUGGAUCAAACUAUUACCGUAUUACGUAUUAUGCAUAUAUAACCCAAUCAUUCUUCAGGAAGGGAAAAUCGUAGUGGAUGAAUUAGAAUUGAUCUCUGCAACUCCACAGCUCUGGAUGUUGUGGAGUAUGGCCGGCAAGUUUGAGGAUAUCUCCCUCUCUCUCUCUCUCUCUCUGUUCUGUAAAAAAUUGUUGCCUUUCAUUUACUUCUUUAAAUUUCUUGAAAUAUGGCUUUUAUGUUUUUUAUGAGCCUGUUUUGUUAAUUGUCUUUUGGGUCUUCAAUCAAGGAGAUUAGCUUUCAGUGGGAGUGUUAUUGCUGCUAUUUCUAAUGGUUACUGAUUGGGCUGCUUAUAUUUCUAGUUGAUGUGUUGAAUUUCCGAAUCAUUCAUCUUUCUGUCAGUGAAUAUUUCUUUCAAGUUCUCAGAAUUUUUUAGCUAUUUGUACAAUAUGCUUCAAUUGCUCUAAUUGUGUGACCAUAUUUCUGUUACUUAUUGAGCUGAGUUCUGAGUCUCUACUCUUUAUAAUUUCUUGGUAGGUUCUUUAAUCCAAUUACCUUCAGCAGCCAGAAGGUAAUUGCUCUAAUUGCUCUAAUUGUGUGACCAUUACUGUCUAUUUCUGUAGCCCUGCCACUUGAGAAAACAGAGAAAUGGUUUCUCUGGAACUGGUAUCCACUUCACAAUCCAACCAAUGGCCAAGAAUUCAUUGAACACUUGGCAUAGCACAAAAGUGUUGAAGAUCAGCGUGUCAUUAACCUUUGUAUCCACAGAGAAGAUAGACUCACCUCUAAACUGUAGGGUCAAGAGGAUAGAAACCUGAUACAGGGCUUGAGCCAUGAGAUUCCUCCACAUGACAUUGGUUAUGAGUGGUUCAGUCCGACCCACAGGUGGCUUCUCCAUUAGCUCCUUUGUGGGUCGCUCAGUGGCAAGAGCCAAAGCACCCAAUGUGUCCAUGAUCAGGUUCACCCACAGCAAUUGAACCGCUGUUAGUGGAACUUUGCCAGCAGAAAUUGCUGCAACAAAGUUGAUCACAAGAUCUCACUCUUAUAGAUCCUACAAAGAAGCCAAGUACCAAAGUCCAAAGAAGAUUUUGAAAGUAGAUCAUAUAUCUUAUAAGGACUUCUGUUUCAGUUUCUCACUCACUCACUCGGUCACUCCUUCUAUUAAGUUUUUUUUGUUAAUGUUGUUUGUUAUUCUUUAUUAUUUAUUAAUUCCAAGGAAAAUUGGGUGGGAAGGGAAUGGCUGGACUAGACAGUUUCACUUUUCCCUGCCCUCUUUUGUAGCUGCUGCUGCUGUACUACCACUUCUUUAUUAUUUUUCUGUUGUUUCCUUUGGUUGUAAUUAAAUGGGAUGGAAAAUCAAACUCUUGUGUCAUUUGUUGGGGACCCUUUUUUAUUUUUCUAUAUUAGUUCUAAGUAUCUAUGAAGUGAAAUGUCAAGUUAUAAAGGGGGCUUUGCUUCUUCUAGUCUGGCCCUACUUUUUUUAAAUUUGUAGUAUGGUAUGAUUGUAUUUGAUCGAAUUUGUAACUUUUCAUUUCGGUAGGUUUGAACUUAUGAUGAUAAUGAGAUUUAUUGGAUCAUGGAUGUUUUAUCAUAGGAGCAACCUUAAGUUAAAAUGUUAUAUAUAGUAUUGGAUAAUGUGCCUGUUCGUUCGACAUGCGUUUUACAUUUGUGUACGCGGGUUGGGAAGGUAGUGCACAUGAUGCUCGGGUUUUUGAAGAGGCGAGAUCAAAUGCUACCUUAGGUUUUCCUCAUCCUCCUCCAGGCAAGUAUUAUGCUGUGGACUCAGGUUACGCAAGUCAACUUGGGUAUUUGACACCCUUUCGAGGAGAAAGGUAUCACCUACCAGAUUUUAGUGGGGAGAGAAGGGGUGCAAGAACGCCGAAGGAGUUGUUCAACCACAGACAUUCCUCUUUGCAGAAUGUUAUUGAAAGAACAUUUGGUGUAUUGAAAAAUAGAUUUCAAAUUUUACAAAAAAUGAAGGGUUACCGUAUCGAGGACCAAGCCAGCAUCGUAGUUGCAUGUUGUGGGCUUCACAACUACAUCAAAGAGCAAGCUAUUAAAGAUGAUCUUUUUGAUGAAUAUGGCUGUGAACAGAAUGUAAUUGAUCAACUAAAUCCUCCUAAUCAUCAAGACUUCAUUGCUCCAACUACAAGCACAAGUCAGAGAGGGGCAAGACAGAUGUCAAUGUUGAGGAUAAAUAUAGCAAAUCAAAUGGCUAUAUCGAAGGGAAUGCCUAUGAUUCCAAUUGAUGGGCCUUGAUGUUUUGAUUUUAAUGACUUUAUGUUAGUUGCUACCAUUAAUGAUUUUAUGUUAGUUGUUAGAGUAUAUGUUACGUAAUAGAAAACUCUAUGUUCUAUUUACUUAUGUGA